UAAGUCCAGCUCCACCGUUAGCUCCCAAAUCUCGGUGUGGCCGCGGCGGCCGAGGCGAGGCGAGAAAUGUCGUCCUCCGUCUCCGCCGCCGUUCUCCGCCGUCUCGGCGACCGGCUCGGCCUCCGCCGACUCGCGACGCUCCCCGACUACGCGGCCGGCGCCGAGGAGCUGCCGCAGCACCCCACCUCCAAGGACGCCUACUUCGCGGCGGUCAACCACCUCUCCACCAUCGUACGGCGCGACUUCUACCUGGAGCGCACCCUGAACCGCCUCCGCCUGCCGUCCCCCUUCCCGCCGGACCUCGCGCUCCGCGUCAUCCGCGCCGCUGCCCCCUCCGAGCCCCUCCACGCCGCCCGCUUCCUAGCGUGGCUCCGGGCGAAGCCCAAUUUCUCCCCCUCCGCCGAUCACUUCGACGCGCUGCUCCUCCCGCUCGCCCGCGCGCGCCUCUUCACCCACCUCUGGACCCAGGCCUCCGACAUGCGCGCGCUCGGCCUCCCCCUCUCUCCGGCAACCUUCUCGGCGGUUAUCUCGUCCUACGGCCACUCCCGCCUCGCCGAGCAGGCCGUCGAGGUCUUCAAUCGCCUUCCCCAUUUCGGGUGCCCGCAGACCACCGAGGUCUACAACGCCCUUCUCGAUGCGCUCUGCGCCAACGGCAACUUCGCCGGCGCCUACAAGCUGCUCCGCCGCAUGGCGCGAAAGGGCGUGGCCCCAGACCGCGCCACGUUCAGCACGCUCGUCGACGCCUGGUGCGCGUCGGGGAAGCUCCGGGAGGCGCAGGCGUUCCUCGACGACAUGUCGUCCCGCGGGUUCCGGCCGCCGGUGCGCGGCCGGGACCUCCUCGUCGACGGGCUCGUCCGAGCUGGGCGCCUGGAAGAAGCCAAGGCAUUCGCCCUCCGCAUCACCAAGGAGGGCGUCCUCCCCGACGUGGCCACAUUCAACUCGCUCGCCCAGGCGCUUUGCGAUGCUGGUGAUGUGGAAUUCGCCGUGGGUCUUCUUGCCGAUGCUUCCAGUCGUGGCAUGUGCCCAGAUAUCUCAACUUACAAAGUGAUGCUACCGGCCGUGGCCAAGGCUGGCCGAAUUGAGGAGGCAUUCCGAUUGUUCUAUGCGGCUAUUGAGGAUGGCCACCGGCCCUUCCCAAGUCUAUAUGCGGCGAUCGUCAAGGCGCUCUGCAAGGCAGGUCGUUUCGCUGAUGCUUUCGCCUUUUUUGGUGAUAUGAAGUCCAAGGGGCACCCACCUAACCGGCCUGUGUAUGUGAUGCUUGUCAAAAUGUGUGUGAGGGGUGGUCGGUUCUUGGAUGCUGCAAACUACCUUCUUGAGAUGAGUGAGGCUGGGUUCGCGCCACGGGCGCCAACCUUUAACGUUGUAGUUGAUGGGCUGCGGCAUCUUGGGAAACAUGAUCUAGCCCGGAGGAUGGAGUAGCUUGAGAUGUCACUAAAAGGAAACUGAAUGGAUCCGGAAGUAGAUGCAGUCUAGUGGGGCGCUGCGAAUUGCUUGGUGAAGUUUCUGAAUUUCCAGUGUUUCAACUUUACUUUGCCCUCGGUGAGCAUCAGAUACUCGAUUGGCAUGCAGAAUUGGACUUACCUUACAGUGUCCUAAUACCUUCUGACAAGGAACCAUCCGGGUGCACCCAACGAGAUCAAAGUUGAAUGAACCUAUGUUGUUACAUCAUGUGGCCAGAAUAGCCGGGCAUGCAGUGGCUCGACGUUCACAAGCUUUUCUUUUUUUUUAGGAUACACACAAGUAUGUGUAUCAUAUAUUAAAGGGAGAAAGGGGGUAAAGAGCCCCAUCCGCCAGAGUCUUACAUGCGAUUACAAUACAUGAUGACUCCCCAUCCACCGGACGUUCACAAGCUGAUUACAGGCUAUUGUAUCUCCUGAACAUACUACUGCAGAACUCAAGAACUCCCCAGUGAUUUGGGGAAGGAAUUUGCCUCGCGUUCGAUGGCCUGCCUUCUGUAUGGCGACAAACUAGAAACUACUGUCACGGCGGUGUUAGUAAGCGUAUGGGCACGACUGCAAAAGGGGGGAAUGCAGAAAUGUUUUGUAAUCAGGAGGUCAGCUAUGAUCCUAUGACUGAUCACACCGCUGAGGAACGCAAAUCCGAGAAGCCGAGGGAGGGGGUUGAUGAUGAGAUACAGCAUUGUCUUGCAUUUCAUAGACUGGGAAGAUUAUUUUUCUUGUGAAAAAACAUUGCUUAAUGUGAAUGUUGCAAUGAACUGAUAUACCUUGUCUUUUUCCCCGACCGAAGGUCUUUUGAAGACGUAUACAUUGUUCAACUUUCAGUGAUGGAAA